AAAGGAAAAAUCCCACUGGUUGUGCAGAAAAGCUUCGGGUUUAUUUGUCUUCGGAAGUAAGCCGCAGAAGAAAGCUUCAGUUGUGGCAACCAAACCCACUCUUCGCAUACCCAUAACUCCUUCCUUUCUUCAGCAACAUUCAUUUCAAGGCCUGUUGAUUUCUUCAUUCUCUAGCUAGCUACUAUGUUAUUAACUCUGUAGAAGAGCCGCCCAAUGAAAUGGAGUCCAUAGCCAUCUGAUUACCUUAAACCCCAUCAAGCCAGGCAUGCGUUUUCUUCACCACAAUCAGUGUCUCUAUAACCCCUUUUCCAACCUCUCUUCAUUUUCCUCCUCAUUUAAUCUAAUGGGUACCAUUCCUUUAUGCAAGUCCACUUCUCUGGUUAUCCUGUCACACCUUUCUUCUUCUUCUUCUUCUUCUUCGCUGAAGUAUUUCCUGUACAGAAGUAAUCCUCUGCUCCAUGGUUUAUUUCCUGUACGACCCAUGUCCCUUGAUAAACCCUUUUCUAUGAAACCAAAUGGGGUUUCUUCUUUCACUUCUCAUUCCAAUGUUCCCACACCUCCAGCGUUUUUGGAGAAUCCACUAGACGAGGCUUUAAGCUCGACUCCAUUGAAUGUUCUGAGAAAAAAAUUGCAGGAGCUUGACAUUGACACCGAAUCUUGUGUUCCAGGGCAGACGAACCACCUGCUGUGUCCAAUGUGCAAAGGUGGUGAUUCAGGGGAACGAUGCUUCUCCCUGUAUAUCUCAGAAGACGGGGGGGCUGCUCUUUGGAUGUGCUUUCGUGCAAAAUGUGGUUGGAAAGGCCGUACUCUGGCCUUUGCUGAUGGUUCGUCAUCAUAUCGAAAUUUAGGUCAAGUUGCACUUAAGCAGAACAAACGGAAAAUUACAGUGGAGAGUCUACAACUUGAACCGCUGUGCGAUGAGCUGGUUGCUUAUUUUGCUGAGCGAUUGAUAUCCAAGAACACAUUGUUAAGAAAUUCAGUUAUGCAGAAAAGAUUCAAUAAUCAGAUCGUUAUUGCGUUUACGUAUUAUCGAUGUGGAGCACUAAUAAGUUGCAAGUAUCGUGAUGUCAACAAAAAGUUCUGGCAGGAGGCCAAUACUGAGAAAAUAUUUUAUGGAUUGGAUGACAUACAGGGCACAAGUGAUAUCAUCAUAGUUGAAGGGGAGAUAGACAAGCUUUCGAUGGCAGAAGCUGGUUUCCAUAAUUGUGUGAGUGUUCCAGAUGGUGCACCACCAUCAGUUUCCAAAAACGAUGUACCUCCUGCAGAUCAGGAUAUGAAGUAUCAGUAUCUAUGGAACUGCAAAGACUACUUGAAUAAGGCAUCACGUAUUAUACUUGCUACUGAUGGGGAUCCUCCUGGUCAAGCCUUAGCAGAGGAGAUUGCACGUCGUGUUGGGAGGGAAAGAUGUUGGAGGGUGAAAUGGCCAAAAAAGAAUGAGGUCGAUCAUUUCAAAGAUGCAAAUGAGGUUCUGAUGUACUUGGGCCCUGAGGCCCUGAAGGAAGUUGUUGACAAUGCAGAGUUGUAUCCUAUACGUGGAUUAUUUAGCUUCAAAGAUUACUUCGAUGAGAUUGAUGCAUAUUAUCACAAAAAAUUUGGAAAUGAGUUCGGUGUCUCAACAGGAUGGAAGGCUCUCAAUGAUUUGUACAAUGUUGUCCCGGGGGAGCUUACCAUUGUUACUGGUAUUCCUAAUUCAGGCAAAAGUGAAUGGAUUGAUGCUCUGCUAUGCAAUCUUAAUGCAAGUGCCGGUUGGAAAUUUAUUCUCUGCUCUAUGGAAAAUAAGGUUCGGGACCAUGCAAGAAAAUUAUUGGAGAAACACAUCAAGAAGCCUUUCUUUGCUGCACGUUAUGGUGGAUCUGUUGAUCGAAUGAGUAUUGAGGAGUUGGAGCAAGGAAAGCUAUGGUUAAAUGAUACAUUUUUUCUUAUAAGGUGUGAAAAUGAGUCCCUCCCAAGUAUUAAUUGGGUAUUGGAUCUUGCAAAAGCAGCAGUUUUAAGGCAUGGAGUUUCUGGACUGGUAAUUGACCCUUAUAAUGAGCUUGACCAUCAACGGCCUCCAAACCAGACUGAAACAGAGUAUGUGAGCCAGAUGCUUACUAAGGUCAAACGGUUUGCUCAACAUCACGCUUGCCAUGUUUGGUUUGUUGCACAUCCUAAGCAGUUGCAGAACUGGUCUGGAGGUGCACCUAAUAUGUAUGAUAUAAGUGGAAGUGCACACUUCAUAAACAAAUGUGAUAAUGGAAUUGUUAUUCAUCGCAAUAGGGAUCCUGACUUUGGUCCUAUUGAUCUCCUACAGGUAUCUGUACGGAAAGUGAGAAACAAGGUUGCAGGAACAAUUGGGGAAGCGUAUUUGGCAUAUAAUAGGAUAACCGGAGAAUUCGUGGAUACGGACAAGUCAGUUAGAAUAGAGCGGUAACCCAAGAAGUCAAAAUUUCGAGUGUAGGUACGCUGUUAAAGGCUUGACAUCCACAAUGAAGCUGAUAACCUGUGAUGCCUUCACGAGUAUGUUCAAGGUCAUUUAUCCAGUGCAAUACCGUAAAUUGUCGAUAAACGGCAAGCUCUAAAUCUUGCAUACAGUUGACAUGUAAUGGAAAUGCCAUUUUUUGUUGGGUGAACCAUAGAAUGCAAGAAAAUAUAUAAAGUUAAUGGAUGUGUGUACAAAAAUGACCAUGAGAAUUUGGUUUGAAAAUUUUGUUCAAAAUGAAUGCAGGAGUUGAACAAGCAGAGUUAUCUUGAUACA